GUCGUCUGCGGAAGUGACGUGAACAGGCUCACGUAAAGCAUGUCUUGCGCAGGGUCACAUUGGACAUGUUGUAGAGUUUUAUAAUAUAAUUUUCUUGGUGUGUGAACAUUAAUACGGUGUAAAUGGAGUCGACUAAAAAAGAUGAGCCUCAACUGAGACACGUGGAGACAGAUGUGCUCAUUCCAAAGAUGAUGCGAGAGAAAGCUCGAGAGAGAUGUGUUCAGCAUGUGGAGGCGUUUUCUGCCUGCUGUAAAGACACCGGUUUCUUCAUGGUAUUUAAAUGUCGUGAGGAAAACGCCGCUCUCAAAGAGUGUCUGACACGCCACUAUCACGAUCCUGAAUUCUUCCAGGAGUGUAAGCAGGAAUAUAUUCAGGAGAAACUGGAAUAUGAACGCACCGGAAUUCCAACCAAGAGCCGGAAACAGAAGUUACCCACGAGCAUGUAGAUGAUGUGUUUGUUGUUGUUUGUUCAGUCUGGACUCGUCACUGCUGACACAGGUUCAUCUCUUCAGUUUAUAUUCAUGAUUAACUCGUAGCAUCUAAACCUAAUAAAAAUUCAUAGAGAAUCACAUCAGAUAGAUGUGUGUGCAUCGCUCUCUGACCCUGGAGAAUUACUUUCAUAUCAUGUAAAAUAAUGUGGGCUUCUUUGUUGUUGUUUAAAAAAACAAAGUCAUUUGAUGUGUUUGGAUCCGUUUGAAAAGAAGCAGAAGAGAAAUACAGAAAUCAUUAAACUCACAAUGUUUGAAUGUGUGACUUAUACAUUUAUUCAUUCUCAUCAUUUUCCUCAAAGUUUUAUUCUAAAUAAAGAAACACAUUUUCGCACUUUGAAGUCAAAUGUGUAAAUGAUCCUUGCGUGUACAGAAGCACCAUGGAUAGAAUUAGACAAUGUUUAUUUACAUCAAGUGUCUAUAAUUGACUGAUUGUGUCUUUAGAGUUUGACUUUAAAGCUCUACAAUAUAUUCUAUUGUUUUUUUGUGAAAAACGUUUACCUUGUGCUUUAAAUUGUGCGAAACAUUAAUGAGAUAAACAUUUUGAUGAAAACAAUGGAUGUUAAUGAAUAGACGCAUACAAAUAUAUGCAAUUUGAACACAUAUAAAUAAAUACAUAUUUGUCAACAACA